AUGUCGUCCUCCUGCCAAGGGCUCAUCGCCGCUCUCAAGGACUGCCUCAUGCAUUCCGACUGCGUUAUUAAGGACGGGCGGAUGCCCUCGGACUGCCUGCAUAACCACGCAGAUGAACUCCCGCUGGAAUGCCAGACCCUCCGCCGCGCAACCUUCGAGUGCAAACGGGGCAUGCUGGACAUGCGCAAGCGGUUCCGGGGGAACAUCGUCGGCUCGCAGUACACAUACCAGGCGGACCCGGAAGAGAAGGAGCGGGAGGCAAAGCUAUUGGCAGAGGCCAUGGCAAAGCACUCAAAGCCGUCAGAAACCGCAUCCGUGCCGUCGCAUACAGCUCUCGCAUCCCAGCCCGAGCCCGCCGCGGAAGAUAUGCAUGUUCGCUGCUUGCAGGAUUCCUCAGUCGCAUCUUCGAACUCCGGUCCGGAGAACACCAACGUCGUUUUGCAUGUAACGCCAUUGCUUCGUGGUCUUCUUACCGCAAUGCACCUCUGGCAGUACAGACGAGCGCUAUCUGCUUCAUCAUCUGUCGCUCGUAUAGAAGAUAACACCUACCAGAAGACUUUGCUCGCAAUGGAGGCCUCUUCUGUUUACAUCGCUGCCUCGACGAACCGACACUCUCAUGCCGCAGAUGUAUCUAGUGAAGAUCUUGUCGCCUUCGGUACAGGAACAAUGAUUGCUCUCUGGCCAGCAGAGGGCUGCGGCGAUGCUGGAGUGCAGGAAACUCUGGCUAGCGACCAUGCGCGGGUGACUUGUGUGCGCUUCAUUGCCGCUGACCGCCUGGCGAGCGCGGAUGAACAUGGCUUGUUGAGACUCUGGCGUAGGAGGAAAGGGCAGUGGACAUCAACAGCUAGCGUGAAGGGUCAUUCUCAGGGCGUUUCGUCCUUGUGCGUGCGCGGGACGCUGCUCGUGUCUGGGUCCUCCGACGCUACAGUACGACUAUGGGACUUGCAAUACGAAGACAAAAUCGCUGAAGUACAAACAAUAUCGCUCAACGGGCGCUAUCCGCUUUCUCUGGCCUUGGCAAACUUGCCAGGGACAUCCACUAUUAUCUUGGCCAUCGGCGACACCAGUCGCAAUGUGCAGUUAUGGACUCGUUCUGAGGACAAGUUCAUAAAGGCUGCUACUCUUUCCGGACACGAAGACUGGGUCCGUGCCCUCGCUUUCCGCGAGCCGGGCCCAGCGUCUGGCAGCGAAGGGUCUUCUUCAUCAGGCGGAAGCCACGAGCUAUCCGCGCUUGUCCUGGCCUCUGGGGCGCAGGAUGCGUCCAUUCGGCUAUGGAAUAUUGAGCCUGUGCAGAGAGGUUUUGCGGAUGGCACGGAUGACCUCCUGGACGCAUUCGAGGCGUCGCUUGGCGAGACGACCGAUGGAGAGGAGGGUGGAAGGCAAAUCACGACGAAGCGACAUCUGAUCACUGUGAAGGCAGGCGAGAGCACGCAGCAGUACUCCGUCACCUUCGACGCUCUCCUCGUUGGUCACGAAGCCGGCGUUACCUCCCUCUCCUGGCGCCCCGCCGGGAACCACCCUGAUCCCGCUCCGACCCUCCUCUCCAAUUCCACCGAUUCCUCCCUCAUUCUUUGGUCGCCUGCGGCUACAGGCACCCUCUGGGUUACCCGCCAGCGCUUUGGUGACGUAGGCGGGCAGCGGCUCGGCGGUUUCGUUGGCGGUCUGUGGGUGGCGCGCGGUGAGAGCGCUCUGGCCUGUGGCUGGGCGGGAGGCUGGAGGAGAUGGGGAUGCGCGGCUGUGGAAGGUGUCGCUGGGGAGACUUGGGAGGAAAAGGGUGCGAUCACUGGGCAUAGUGGCCCGGUGAGGGGAUUGGCGUGGGCGCCGGGUGGGGAGUAUCUGUUGUCGACUGGCCUCGACCAGACGGCGCGAAUACACGGACCAGUAGUGACCGCUGGAGGUGCAUGGCACGAGAUCGCACGUCCGCAGGUACAUGGCUACGAUCUGCUUCGCGGCGUUUUCCUCGACAGGCUACGGUAUACAAGUAUCGCGGACGAGAAAGUCGCACGCGUAUUCGAUGCACCGCGGAGUUUUGUCGAAUCGGCAGAGCGGUUGGGUGUGGCCACGUUCGAUGCGGCUGAGCUUUCGAAUAAGGCUACGAGCCAAGACCCCUCCGCUAUGUCUGCCACCGGAGAUAUCACAGAUCAUCGUCCUUUCGAAGGCGAGCUUGCCGCAAUUACGCUUUGGCCAGAGGCUGAGAAGGUGUUUGGUCAUGGUUAUGAGCUCAUCGCCCUCGCGGCCUCCAACUCGAAGAAAAUUAUCGCGACCGCAUGCAAAGCAACAACGCCAGAGCACGCCGUCGUACGCCUCCACGACACGGAGCGAUGGCAGCCCGUCGGCCAGCCACUACCAGGUCACUCGCUCACGGUCACCCGCAUUGCAUUCAGCCCAGACGAUUCUCUUGUACUAUCUGUGUCUCGCGACCGUACGUGGCGGUUGUUUGCGAGGCAAGAGGAUGGCGGCUAUACACCGCUCGCUGCAGACAAGUCCCACGGCCGCAUCAUCUGGGACUGCGCGUGGGCUCACGAGGGCGACGUCUUCGCUACCGCAUCUCGCGACAAGACGGUGAAAGUCUGGCAGAGCGAUGGAAGUAAGUGGACAGCAGUGGCCAGCAUCAAGACCAAGGAGGCAGCGACGGCGGUGGACUUCGCACCGAGGAAUGAGAAUGGACGUCGCCUCCUCGCCGUCGGGCUCGAAAACGGGGAUAUUCUUAUUUACGCUGGCUCCACUACCGACACCUCGAAAUGGGAGCUCGUCACCUCGAAAACACAAUGGCACGUCGGCCAACUGCAGCAGCUCAGCUGGCGGCCCUCUCCACCCGCAGGGGCCGGCCAGCAGCUCGCAAGCUGCAGUGAAGAUGAUAAAGUAUGGCAUCCUAAGGGCUACGUGAACGAGGUGAGAAUCUGGAUACAGUAUACAGUCAAUGCUAGCGAGUAA